UGCGCAAACUUGGGCCACGAAAGGUUGCGCGUGGGGGGAAGAUCUCAAAGAGUUAUUGGAGUUUGGGUAAAACUUUGUUCGUGCUCUGUUCUGUUCGUAUGUACUUUCGUGGUUGGGGUAAUUAAAGUCAAACACACGAAAUAAUAAUAAAUAGUUCGCACAAAAUCCCCGGAGAAAUCUGCACCGGAACCACCACCGGGAAUCAUGGGAAUCACGGGAAGUCUAACACCAGACCAGCUCGAGUUUUACAACUCUCAAGGUUAUUUGGUGAUCGAAUCUUUCGCGAGUGAGGAUGAGAUUGGCGGCUUGAGGAAGAGGAUGGAUGAGUUGUUGACUCAAUUUGAUUGCUCUGUCUCUUCUAUUUUCUCCACUAAAAACCAGAAGAACACAACCGAUAAUUACUUCUUUGAGAGCGCUGAAAAAAUCUCCUUCUUUUUUGAAGAAAAAGCUUUUGGCGACAAUGGGGAACUGAAGCAGCCGAAAGAGCUUUCUAUAAACAAAGUUGGCCACGCACUUCACGAGCUUGACCCUUUGUACAAGGAGUUCACGUAUUCGUCCAAGGUUUCAAGCUUGGUAUCUUCCUUAGGUUACAGAAGACCAGUCGUCAUGCAGGCCAUGUACAUUUUCAAGCAACCUGGAAUUGGAGGAGAAGUUGUGCCGCAUCAAGAUAACUCUUUUGUCUACACGGAUCCACCUAGUUGUACUGGUCUCUGGAUGGCUUUAGAAGAUUCCACAACUGUUAACGGUUGUCUUUGGGCCAUACCUGGAUCUCACAAGAACGGUCUGGUUAGAAGGUUUAUCCGGGGUGAAAAUGGUGUAACGUUUGAUAGGCCAUCACCGUCUUACGACCAGAAAGAUUUUGUGUCUAUUGAAAUGAAAGCAGGCUCAUUGAUCGCCAUUCAUGGUGAUCUAAUCCAUCAAAGUUUCGAGAAUCUAUCUGCCAAGUCAAGACAUGCAUAUAGCUUACAUGUGGUAGAAUCUGAUGGAUGCAAAUGGGCACCAGACAACUGGAUUCAAAGAGAAAAAAUGCCUGAGCCUCUCUAUGCCCCUUGAUACAAGGCAGUCUGCGUUUAUCAAAUUUCUUCUACCCGCGACCAUUUGUUGUUAGUAAUCUGAACAUGGCUAAAGAGGCUCUUCUUUUGUCGUUUACUUGUCGAAAUACAAUUUGUUUCUGCUUGGUAUCUUUAGAUAAUGGUCAAUAAAGUAUGGCAGUGCUUACUUAA